AUGGACCAGCCCAACAGCAUCUGCUGGCCAGAGACCAGUAUGGUCCACCAAAACAGCUGCUGCCCUGAUCACAGCCUGGACCACCCCAAAGGCUGCUGCCCUGAGACUAGUGUGGACCACCCUGAAGGCUGCGGCCCUGAGACUAGUGUGGACCACCCUGAAGGCUGCGGCCCUGAGACCAGUGUUGACCACCCAAAAGGCUGCGGCCCUGAGACUAGUGUGGACCACCCAAAAGGCUGCGGCCCUGAGACUAGUGUGGACCACCCAAAAGGCUGCAGCCCUGAGACUAGUGUGGACCACCCAAAGGCUGCGGCCCUGAGACUAGUGUGGACCACCCAAAAGGCUGCGGCCCUGAGACUAGACUGCUGCUUUGAGUGCAGUGUGGACCACCCCAAUGACAGCUGCUGCUCUGAGUGCAGUGUGGACCACCCCAAUGACAGCUGCUGCUCUGAGUGCAGUGUGGACCACCCCAAUGACAGCUGCUGCUCUGAGUGCAGUGUGGACCACCCCAAUGACAGCUGCUGCUCUGAGUGCAGUGUGGACCACCCCAAUGACAGCUGCUGCUCUGAGUGCAGUGUGGACCACCCCAAAGGCAGCUGUUGCUGUGAGUGCAGUGUGGACCACCCCAAAGGCAGCUGCUGCUCUGAGACAUAA